AUGUCAAUACCUGUUGGUCCAACUGCAAGCACCGUGGUGACACUUCAUUGUUUACCAAUUCGAGAAUAUUUGAGUUACGGUAAUAUUAAAUCAAUUGUUCGAGGUUUUGUGACAGAAUAUGAAACACCAAAAAUAGUCACUAUUCACUCGAUAUCAAUUGCACUAAUGUGUCGUCUUAUUCAAAUAUUAAUUUUAUGUUAUGGUGUUGCAUAUCUAAUGAUUUAUAAAAAAGGUUAUCAAGAAACAGAUACAUCUAUCAUUAGUUCAAUUACUUUAAAAGUCAAAGGAAUUGGUUAUAAUCAAUCAUCGAAAAAUCAAACGUUAGUCAUUGAUGGAGCUGAUUAUAUUGUACCACCUCAGGAAAAUAAUGCGUUGUUUAUUAUGACUAAUUUUAUUCGGACAGAUCAAGAACAUAAACGAUGUCCAGGUAAAUAA